AUGUUGUCUUCCCUUUUACGAUCGAAGAGAAAAGAACGGACAGAGCAUUCCCCAUUUUCUUCUGCUUACGAUGACCAGAGGAGUGACUAUUUUCAAAUUUACGAUGAAACUACAGCCCUUUCCCAUCCCUCUUCAUCUUCCGAGUCCUCAGAAGGAAGUAACACUGAGGAUACUCCACUUCUUCCAAUAUUUUCGGCCGCAGAACUUGAUUCGAUACCAGUUUAUUCUUUGGUUCAUUCCAUUCGCUCAGAUAUCAUCUCCCGUGUGGAUACGACCUUGACAUGGGAUCAGUUACGGUCACCUCAAGUUUCUAGCUUUCUAGUGAAACCAAUUCUGGCCUCGUUAAUACAGGGACCCGAGAGAAUUUCAAAGGGUAUUCUCUAUAGUCUUCUGGCAAAUUGUUUCCAGUUCCGAAAGGAAGCCCAGGAAAACCCAGGGAAUGCAUCUGUUUCAAAGACGCGUGCAUUAUUAGCGGAAUUGCUGGCAAUUAAGCUUCUCAAAGAGUUUUCGCCAAGGGAAUUGAUCGAUGCUCUGAGUUAUGAUUUCUACCCCCUUCAGGGUCAACCAGCUCCUGCUGCUUUGGUUCCUGGCGAUGGUCACAUAUCAUUUGCUCCUACGCCACCAAGACUGCAGAGAGCAAGUAGAAUAUCAGCCCUAGAAAUUUCAAUUCGCGCUGAGGCUAAGAAAUUUCUUUCACAUCCUCUGGUGAUUCAACAAUUGGAGGCGAUAUGGACUGGAAAAAUAGUUUUCCAUUCUGCUUUAGACCAGCUCCACCGAAUGAAGGAUACACGAAAGUACUCAGUAAAUACCAUGUCUAGUAUGAUGCCUUUCCGCAGGUCUGCCACGCUAUAUGAUGCUCGCGAUGCAAGUCUUUUCAAGCUCUCGAGAUUGAGGGUUCCGAGAUAUAAACAUAUCACUUCAACGUUUUCACUUGCAAUUUUAUUAUUUCUAUAUGUCAUGGUGCUCGUACGGAGAUCGCACGAAAUCACUGUUCUGGAAAUAGGGUUCUGGCUUUGGUCUUUUGGGUUUAUGAUGGAUGAGAUUGCGGGUUUCACUGAAGCUGGCGUCUCGCUGUAUUUUAUAUCGCUGUGGAAUUCAUUCGACAUGGGCAUAUAUCUCUUAUUUAUGGCCUUUUACGUCUUACGGAUAAUUGGUUUCUUGGCACCUGAGAACGGAACGAGUAUCACGAAUUGGGGUUACGAUGUUCUGGCGUCUUGUGCAGUCUUUCUGUUUCCUAGAAUAUUCUCCGUGCUUGAUCAUUAUCGAUAUUUUAGUCAACUUAUUAUCGCUUUCAAGAUCAUGGCGGUAGAUAUGGUUGCACUAUUAGUUUUAAUAUUAAUUUCUUGCUCUGGAUUCUUUGUUGCAUUUACACUUGCAUUUGCGAGGGACUCAUACUCGGCCAAGGAUGUCUCAUAUGCCUUGUUCCAGAUUUUAAUGGGGUUUACGCCAGCAGCUUGGGAAGUUUGGGAGAACUACAAUCCCCUUGGCAGGAUCCUUCUGACAGCAUUUUUGAUAAUAUGCCACUUCUUGAUUGUCACUAUCCUCAUCACCGUUUUGACAAACUCAUUUGCUGCAGUAGCUGCUAAUUCACAAGAAGAACAUCAAUUCCUUGUUGCCGUAAAUACCCUCUCUCUGGUAAAAUCGGACAGUCUAUUCUCAUACACAGCACCACUUAAUCUUCUCGCCUGGAUAAUUCAUCCCCUGAGGUUCUUCAUUCCAUUUCGGUCAUUCGUUAAGAUGAACCGGACCGCCAUUAAAAUUACACACUUCCCAAUUCUGUUGCUUAUCUUUCUUUAUGAGCGGACGGCCCUUCAUGAUUCGCUAUUCAACCAAACAAAUGCGUUUUCAACAAAGUCUGCGUUCCCUGAGUUAUCGGAUCGUUUCGAUACUAGCUCUAGGAGGCUCCGUGGCGGAUCAGUUAUGGGUAGCGAGCAUCAAGAAGCGGCGUUAGACGAGGUUUUUCGAAGGCCCUAUAAGGGCUCGUUGAGGAUGCGUGUAAGCAAAGGCGAUGUUAGGAGUAUUGGGACCGGAGGCGUAGUUGAUUCGUGGAUGAAUGGCGUCGUAUCACCCACUGGCUCUUUGACUACCGAUAUUGAGGGCGGAUUUGCUAUAAGAAGGCGUGCUUUAACGAGACGUGGACGUACUCUUCGCAGGAUAGAUAGCUAUGGGACAAUCGAAGGGGUACGCCCAGGGAAUAUGCGGACUAAGGAUUUUACUGGCGGGACAAAAUCUUUUGUUUCAAAUCCGGAGGAGUUUAGGGGGAGGACUGAUGGUGGACAGAAAUUAGGAGAAGGAACAACAAUUGCUGAAAUUUUGACUGAGGGAGACGCGGACAACGAAGGAAAUUCCGAAGACGAUGAAGACGACGAGAUAAACGAAGACACGGAAAACCCUGAUGCUGCAAUCCAAGACUUAGAUCGAUCACCUAGUCCGCAGAAAACAAUGACUCCACCCAGACCCAGAAGCCUCGAAUUUCCCAAACAUGGUCUUCCGAUUCGCCCAAAGAAGCACCAUCGUACAGGCACCUCAACGACUAUUUUGAACCCUCAAAUAAUGUUGCGGACAUCUGGGGAAAAUUCUAGCGUCGAAAACAUUCAAGCCAUUGCGAUGUCUCGCAGAGUGAGCGAGCGGAUUGGAGAUAUUCAAGCUGCCCCGAUGUCACGAAGAGCAAGCGAACGGUUAAGUGUUCCCGGCGAGGGCUCCCCCGGAAGAAAGUCCCCACGUUCUUCCAGACCGCAGACUGCCAAUAGAUCACGCCCUGUCCUUUCUUCGCGAAGAACGAUAGAUAGUUCAAGUUUGAUUAAGGACCACGAAGAACGAAGAAGAAAUUCCGACACUAUGGAGGAACUUGCUCGCCAGAUAGACAUCGCAAUGGUCCCAUCCAGCUUUGCGACCCAAAUGGCGAUGGCUACUGGGACCAGAGGCGGUGUUGGUGAUGAUAUGCUUGGUAGACUAGUUUUGGCGAGAAUUGGAACAUUAGAAGAGGGUAUGAAGGAUGUUAAGGAUAUCUUAAGAGAGGCCGAAGGAAGAUAA